AUGAGUUCUGGUCAACCCUUAUUUCAAUUGAGGAAAGAGUUGAGUGUUCCUCUUUCCGCUGGUGAAGACGACACGACUAAUCAAACGACAGAUACGAAUACUAGUUAUGAGAGAUUCCAAUCUGUGGAUGUAUCUCUAGAUACACAUCACCACGAGGAUAAGCAAACUUUUAACAAUAUUAAGAUUCUCACUGAAAAUGAAAGGUACGUGGUUAAGAGAUUAGCGCCUGACCUUUCGACAUUACCCAUUGACUCUUCAUCGUCUGAAGGUCUUGUGGAUACACAUUCUGGCAAGGCAUUGGUUAACGAUAAUGAUUUUCUAUACAUUUGGGACUAUUACUCCAGUCAAAGAAAUACCAAUUUUUGUCGAAUUCCAUUACAUGAGGAACAUGUCGUUUUGAAACACGAACCUAAAUGUCUAAUUACAUGGCCAGCUGCUAUGGACGAUACUACUCAGAUGUUUGCAGAAAAUUCUGGUGGUGCAUUUGGUGGCGUUUGCAUUAUACAUCGUAAAAACGGUCAAUUGAUCUAUUACGAAGAUAUCGAUUCAAUUAACAAUUUACAUCUACAGCUUUCUCACAGCAAAGCACAUACGGUUAAUCUGAAAUUGAAAGAUAAUGAAAGUGUUACUGAGGCAAUAAAUUGUGAGCCAGCUGGUAUUGUCAUUGCUACUUCAUUAGGUAGAGUGCUUUUUGUUACGAUAAGAGAUUCAUCGGGUAAACCAAGUGUCAGAGUGAAGCAACAAUUGGUUAAACCACAACAAGGGUUUUUCUUCUCCACUUUUAACCCAUCGAAUGAAGUUGUUUCCUUAAAGAUGGGUCCUAUUGUCGGUAGGGGUGAGAGAUUAUUAUAUAUUGUUACAAGAGGUGGUAACUUCCAGAUGUGGCACCUAUCGGUAAGCAUUAGUUCUUACAAGAGAUUAGAUGUGCAGUUGUUUGAACAAAUCUUAGAUUCAUUGCAAGAUCUCUACCCCUUUGCUCAUGGAUCUUUACAGGUUCUCGAUUCUCAUCCUUUAUUUCCAGAUUCUUCCUCAGUUCAUCUAGUUCUGUCUUCUAUUACCAACGGCGAUGAAAUGUAUUAUAUUUUAAGUACUAUAGUGCUUGACGAGAAGACAAAGAGCUUUACCAUUUUCUCAACUUACAGAUUGAACACCUAUGUGACUAGUUUUGUUGAUAAGAAACCCGAACUUUUUAUUCCAGCAGCUCUUGGUGAACAGUUAACUGAUACAACCACUGUCUUCGUUCUAUUUAAUGAUGCUGUGGUACUUACACAAGUAAGUUCCAAAUUGGAUUCUUCUUAUCCGCUAAGGAGGAAAUGGGAAGAUAUCAUUAGCUUUAGAGAUGAUGUGAAUCUGAUAGGAUCUGGUUAUGACUCUGAAUCUAUUUACGUCAUGAGCAAAGAAAUUGGCGUUUUGGAAAUUAGUGUCACUGGUGAAGUUAAUGAGAGUGAAAAGUCUAUGGAAGAAGUUAGAUUUGUUAAAUCUCAUGUGGAUCAAGCAGUAUAUUUUUCAGGAAUUUCUUCGAACCCCAUUGAAUUUAAUCUACCUAAGGGGAUAUCACUGGAAGUGGAUGAGAUAGAAGCAGAUUUACGUUCUUGUAGCGACGAAAUUUUUCACUCAAAAGGUAAAUAUAUCCCACCCAUGAUGAAUACUUUAACUCAACAUUUGAGUCUACGAGUUGAUCUUUUCAGAAAUUUACUAAAUUUUGUGGAACAAAAUUUUAAUUUUAAGGUAUCCCCAAAUGAAAAAUUAAAGCUUUUGCAAAAUUUUGAAAUUCUGAACUGUUGCCUUAAACUUUGCAUCCUAUUAAAAAAUUUACCAGAAUUAAAUGAAAUAUGGAAGAAGACUUUGAAAUUAAGAAAUAGUAACUUAACAACUGAAACUCUUUUCGUUGGUCAGCUUCAUGAGUUUCCUAAAGUGUUUUCACAAUUUUUGGCCCAAUUGAACAGUAAGUCGAUGCCAGCAUCUAUCCCCCUGAAAACUUCUGUGGUGGAUCUUUUAAUAGAAUGUGUCUAUAAAGGCAUUCUAGAAGAAGGUGAAAAACAGCUUAGGUACGAUCUUUUCAAAUUGGAUCCAUUAGAAUUGGGUAUUGAAUUACCAUGGUUCAUCAAUUAUGAAAAUUUGGAGUCUAUAAACAGUAGCUUCCUCGAUUUUAAGUUUUCGACUCAAAUAACAUCCGAUGAAGAUAAGAAUAGGUUACUCACUUUGACAAAGACGUUAUACUACCUUUUCAACCAGGCAAAUCUUUGGUUCAAGGAAUAUUCUCAAAGACAAGAGACCGAGUUAUUUGGCAAAUUCCAACUCUUAUUCUUAAACAAUCAUUUGUCAUGGAAUCAGGCACUGCUGGAUUCAAACUUGAAACAAGAGGCCCUACAGAUUGCUGAAUUUUACCAAGAUUUGGAGGCAUUAGUGGAAACGCUUGAAUCUUUAGAUAAGUCGAUUUCACAGGAGGCUUAUUUUUAUUAUUUCGAUAAAUUUGGAUAUCAAUUUGGCUCUACGGUGUUCCAGUACUACAUCAGUCAAAACAAAUUGGAUGAUUUAUUUUAUAGGUUCCCUGAGCAACACGAUAUGCUGGUUGAAUUCCUUGGUAGUUCUGACAAAUAUGGCGAAGUCGCAUGGAUACAAGAGAUUCUCGAUAAACGUUAUGAUGCAGCCACAACCACUCUAUGCGAUAUUUCCCUUGGUGAAACUAAGAAAGAUCAACCCUUAGAACAACGUCAGGUUUACCUGAACAUAGCCAAAUUGACAGGAUUGAUGAAUCAACCAAUUCCAUUGGAUCAGUUGAAGUUAAUUCAGGGUGAUUUAGAUACCUUGGAUGGGCAAAAGAAUUUGCUUUUCAAAUUACAAGAUCCACGUAUCAAGCUUGCAUCUGGAUUUGCUGGGACACCAUUUGAAGAGUUAUUCCAAUCUUUAACCAGUAAGAUAGAACAGCAUCAAAGUUUGAGUUUACGACUUUUGAUAGAGAUUUACAGCAUGUUGGAAGACACAGAUAGCUUCUACUGUGCUUUAAAAUUAAUUGCAUUCAAUGGUGAUUCCCUUGGUUACGAACAUAAAAAGUUUUUAGUCGCUAUGGUAUGGCGUAGAUGCAUCCUAAUAGAGGAUUGGGAUUCCAUAAAGGACAACACCAAGAGUUCUCUUUACCAAGUGCUGUGCAAAUACUUCAGUGAAGAAUUUUUCCAAUCGGGUCUGGCUCUCCCCAGUUUUGCAUUAAUCACGGAUAGCUCCUUGUUGACCAUGGAGUACUUACAAAAUGUGUAUCAAGAAAGGGAGGACGUUAUCAAGGAUAGUUUUCGUAAGGAAUUUGAAUCGGUAAGAUCACUGGAACCACAAUUCGAUAAACGCAUCCAAUCUAUUAUUGCAACCGCUAACGAAGCUGCAGGAAAGAAAUGUAUUGUCAAUUACGAAACCAAUACAGUCGAAUAUUAUUCCUAG